AUGCCUCCAGAGCUGGGUAUUCAAGUCGUGCUGGCCGGUCGUGAGCCAAAGCUUGUCCGCAUCAGAGCCGAGCCUGCUACGCAACUGGGAUCGUUCCUGGCAAAGGCACAGACCGCGCUCUCGGCGCCUAGCGCACAUUACGCCUUGGCCAAUCCGGCCGGCUGGGGCCUGCUCUCCGGCCUCGCACCACCGGAAUCGCCUCUCGGCACCCUGUUCGGCGACGUUCUCCCGGACACUCUCAUUCUCCAUCCGAUCACUUUUGCUGCCGGCGUGCCGCUCCGAACAACCGCUGCCGCGGCCAUCGCUGACGCCUCGCGGCUGCUCCGGCUGGUUGUUCUCGACCGGCCGACGUCGAACAAGGUCGUUGUCGAGGUGAUGCCCGAGGACACACCCGAGGUUGUUGUCGACCUCAUUGCCGCCCUCUGGAUCCCGGUCCUCAACUCGGUCACACUCCGGCUCUGCUCGCACGAGCAUGGCAAACUCUCGCGGCGGCGCUCGUUCAAGGCGCUCAAGGUCCCGUCUGAGACGCUGCUGUACACGGUGUGGAAGGACGACGCCAAGUCUACCUCGAUUGCCCAGGUCCUGGCGGCGUCGUCGAUAGAGGGUGACGAUGUACCUGUCCACGAGUCCCUGGCGCGCGCGCCGGCAAGCGACUCGGUGGCCGAUGCCGAGCUGGCCCGCCUCGACGACCCUGUGGUCUUUGCCUCGCUUGUCGAGGCCUUCAAGGCUGCCGUCGUCACCCGGUCAUACAAGAUCCGGCUGCGCAAGUACAAGAACGUCUUCCUCGGCGACGCCGCUGUCGACUGGCUGGUUGUCGCCGGCUGGGCGUCGAGCCGGCUCUCGGCCGUCGCCAUCGGCGAGGCCAUCCGCACCCAUGCCCAUCUCUUCGACCAUGUUGUCUCGGCGAUCAUCCCCUUCAAGGACGAGCCGCAGCCUUACCGCUACCGCACCACCACUGUGGUUGGUGAGAGCGAUCCGACUUCGGUCUCGGCCAUUCUGGCGUCGUAUAUCCCGUCGGCGCUGGCGGCGUCGUGCGUGGCUGCGCAUGCCCGAUCGGCCUCCGAGCUCAGCAGAGCUGCUUCGCUCGGUGAGACACUGACCUCGCGCGUCGGCCUUUCCGUUUACGGCGUUGUUGUCUUUUGCGACAUCUCGGGCUUUACGCCGCUGACCGAGCGGCUCGCUCAGCAGCCGCACGGCGUCGAGUCGCUAGUCCGCAUGCUCAACGCGUACUUUGACUCGCUCAUCGCCAUUGUCCACAAGCACGGCGGCGACAUCAUUACCUUUGCUGGCGACGCCCUCCUCGCCGUGUGGGGCCUGACCGAGGCCGGCUACGACGCCGCGUCUGCCCUUGCGCUGAGUGAGGGCCGAACCGCGCCGUGGAUCCCGCACCAGGCCUCGGAGCUGGUGCUCCCGCUGGUGGCGGGCGAUGAUCCACCACCGGGCGUCCUACCAUCGCCAUCUGCCGCACCGGGCUCAUCAGCCUCAGCCUCGGCGCCGUUCCUCGAAGUUUCCAAGCCGCACAAGCGCGAGCUUGUCCAGCGUGCCACUGUGGCGGCAUUGGAAAUCUGUGAGUCGAUGAACUCGCCGACGAUGCGGCCCGAUCCGGCUAUGCGGUUGCACGUCGCCAUGAACGCCGGGAACCUCGCCAUUUGCCAGGUCGGCGGCCUCGCCAACCAGUGGGAGUACCUCAUUGUCGGCGAGCCACUCUACAGCCUUGGGCCGGCGCUCUCAGCCGCCUCGCCUGACCGCUUGGUUGUCAUGCCUGCGGUCUGGUCGGCAACCAAAUCGUUCAUGGACGGCACGCUCCUCGACAAAAAGGCCGGCCACGUCCAGAUCACCGGCAUACGCAAGCCGAAAAAGGUGCCCAAGCUCCUUCCACUCUGCCAGCCAGUCCUCGCUGCCGGCACCGAGGUCCAGCUCCGCCAGUACGUCCCGCGCGUAGUUCAGCGCAUCACCGGCACCGUCUCGCUCUACUACCGCCGCAAGCACCUCGUCGCCGAGCUCCGCCGCCUCUCGAUCAUGUUCAUCGGCGUGCCGUCGUCGUUGUGCCUCGAGGUCGGUUCGCCGGCGCUUGCCUCGCUCCAAGCCCUUGUUCACAUGGUCCAGACUGCCCUGGGUGUGUACGAGGGCGAGCUCAAUAAGGUUCUGCUCGACGACAAGGGCUGCGUUCUUCUCGUGGUCUUUGGCCUGCAGCCAGCGUCGCACCAGGACGAUCCGCUUCGCGCCCUCCUUGCCGCGCUCAUGGCGUGCGAGCUGAUGUCGACCAACCUUGGCUUCACCCCGUCGAUUGGAAUCACCACCGGCAAGGCCUUUUGUGGCGUGGUUGGCUCGGACGCGCGCCGCGAGUACACUGUCAUCGGCGAUGUGGUCAACACCGCGGCCCGGCUCAUGGCCUCGGCCAAGGGCGGUGUCAUUGUCGACGAGGCCACCCGUACUGGUGUCCUCGCUCACAUUCCCAACAUGACGUUCAUGCGCCGUCCGCCGCUCAAGCUCAAGGGCAAGGCCGAACCGGUUACCGUCUACUCGCCUGACUUUAGCUUCUCGGACGCGCCCAGCCCGGCCCUUCACCUGCCGUCAUCACUCGACUCUGCUGUCCCGCUUGUCGGCCGCGGCCCCGAGCUUGAACUGGUCCACGAGACCCUGCACGGCUUCCUCCACCGUGCCAGCGACGCCGUCCGAGCAGCGUCCACCUUUCAUGGCUUUUCCUCGCUCGCUGGCCACGCUCACAACCGGAGCGAGGACGACUUGCUCCGCAAGUCGUUUGUCAUUCUCGAAGGCGCUGCUGGUCUUGGCAAGACCCGCAUCCUCGCCGAGGUUCUCGCCACGCUCACCUCGGGCGAGCUCCUCUACGCGCCGAGUCUCCGUCAGGCAUCCGGUGGCACAGCCACGUCGUCGGCUGCGCGCCGGGCGUCCGAGGCCGCCGCUGCCCGCCGGGCGUCGACCGUUCUCGGCUCGUCAUCAUCGGCGCUCCUGCCGCUGCUCGACAAAGCAAAAGCAUUUGAGUCGCUGGCGCGUCCGCUAUUUGUCUUUACCGUCACAGGGCGACCGCUCGACCAGCGGACAUGGUUUGCGCCGUUCCGCGCCAUGUUUGCCCGCCUCCUUCUCGGCGAGACCGGUCUCGAUGGCGCUGACGCCGACCCGCGGGCCCAGGUUGCCACCCUCACUGACCUCUUCUCCUCCGAGUGGGCACUCAUUAAGCGGCUCCCGCUACUCCGCAAACUCCUGGGCAUCCCGCUCUCGGUCCUGCCCGAGUCGACCCACACCGAGAAGCUCCACGGCCGGGCGCGCAUUGCCGCCACCGUCGCUUUUCUCAUCGACAUUCUCGAGUGGUUUUGGGAUACAGUGACCCAUGUCUCGGGCGACUCACCGGCCAUCACCCCGCACGGUCCCAACGAGCACUCGAUGCACUUUCCGGUCGUCCAUCCUCACUUUGCGUAUGCAGCAGCGGCGGCUCCGUCCGACAGAGAGGCCGGACGUAAUGCCCGCGCGCAAGUCGUGCUCCUUGUCGAAGACCUGCACUGCUUCAACUCGCCGUCGCGCGAGCUGCUGUGGGCCCUGGUGCAAGCGCCGCGGUUGACCGGCGCUAUCUUUGUCGUCGCCACCGUCACCAACUACGCACCACCGGUGCCCAAGUUUUACGGCGAGCUCCUCGCCCAACCCAACGUUGUCCACCACCGUCUUCUCCCGCUCUCUGUCCAGUCGGUGGGCGAGCUUGCGGCCGAGCAGCUUCGCGCGACUCGACUCGGCUCGCACUUUGGCUCGGCGCGCGACAUGCCGCCGGCGGUCACCGUCUCGCUGUUUGAAAAGUCGGGCGGGAACCCUUUCUUUGUGUGCGCACUGGCGUCGUCACUGGCGCUGGCGUGGGACGCCGAUGCUGCGCCACCCGCACCGGCGUCGGAGCCGGAUGGUUCUGCGAGCAGGCUGUCUGCGAUCGACUCGCUGGCCGCCGCGCGGCUCCUCGAGGCGCUACCUGUGCCUGGCGCCAUCGAGUCGUUCAUCACCGAGCGCAUUGACCGGCUCACUCCAUCGCAGGGUCUCACCCUUAAGGUCGCGGCCGUGGUGGGCAUGGAGUUUUCGCUUGCCCGCGUCCUUGCUCUCUACCCGUCGUCAGGCAGCUCACUCUCUGACGACGAGCGCGCGCUCAUCAAUGCCAACCUGGACGCUCUGGUGCACAUGGACUUUGUGCGCGAGGCCACAGGCGAGACGAGCGAGCAGGCUGUGGGCGAGGUGGUGGCCACGUCCAGCCCGGACCUCAUGGUCCUCUUCCACACCGAGGCCGACGAGUCGAGCUCCGAACCGUCCAGCCUACCUCACCAGCUCGGCAUACCGUCGGAGAACAGCUCGCGGCGCGGAUCCGACGCCGGCGAUCAAGCCGAGCAGGUUGCCGUCUCGCUCCUCCUUCAGGAGCAACGCGAGGAGCUGGAGCAGCGGCUGGCGGCGUUGCCAGCGGCCGGCUCGGCACAGGACUCGACGCGGCUGCAGGACCAGGCAGUGAUGUAUCUGGUGACAACGGCACUCAACUCUCCACGCGAGAAUGCUCGCGUCUGGCUGGAGGAUGCCAUCUCGCUGGUGUCGUCACUGAUGGAGGUCGAUGUCGCGGCGCCUGAGCUCUACAAGCAGCGCAAAAGGCAGCUUGCGGCGCUCCACCGCAAGACUGGCCUGGUGGCCGUUGACGAGGUUGCCGCCAUCCGGCACCUCGAGGCAUGGAUCGAGCUCAUGGAUGCGCCACCAUUGCCAGUGGCCAUCCGCGAGCGGCCGUCACGCGGCGCCAUCAUGUUCCACAUCCGCGAGCACGAGAAGCGGCUGGAGGCUGCCGAGGCCGAGUCGGAGAGCGCCGUGUCGGCGCAGGUCUCGGUCGACGCCGAAGAGCUGGUGUCGGCCCGGCGGGGAGGAUCGCGCCGCCGCGGGCGGACCUCGACGCUCAACGAGUUUGUAGUCGAAGAAGAGGUGUCGGCAGCGUCGGUCGAUCCGUCGCUGUUUGAGGCAUCGAUGGAGACAGUAGCGUCGUCGGCGCUCAACGUGAGCGCUGAGGCGCUCGCGCUGGCUGCCGAAGAGGCCGAGCCGUCGACCCGGCGGCGGACGGCGUCCGGCCAGGCCAUGAGCAUGGUCAUCGACCACCUCAGCGUCCAUGUCCGGUAUGUAGCGCGGGCGUUAGCCACCGCGUCCGCCGAGUCGCUCCGCAUGGCACUCAUCUCGCUGGCUUCCGAGACUCGCGACAAGUUAUUUGUUCGUCUUGAUCGGCUACACACCUCCGUCGCUGCACUAUGUCUCGCCUCGCUCCUCGCCGAGAGCCGCGAUGCACUUUCGGCAUCGCCGUCGUCGUCGGCGACAGAAGCGUCGAGCUCGUCGGUCAAGGGGCUCGACGGAAUCCGCGCCGCACUAUGUGAUCUCGUCGAGCUCUUCAAGCAUGUACGCGAGCUCUCGCAGCGACCCGAUGACAGGGCAAGCCCACUCGGCGAACCCGAGGCGCGCGGCGCGGCACUCGAGCGGGUCUCGAAAGCGCUCCGUGAGCUCUCAGGGGCGCUUGCCAGUGGCAACGUCGACGCCGGUAAGACGUCGUUUGAAGGCGUCGUCGACGGGCUGAAAGACAUGAUGGCGAGCCGCGGGCCGUGUGGCGCGGGCCCGAUUGUCCGUCGCGCAGUCCUGGACAUGCUGCGUUACCUCGAUGCAGGCGAGGUGGAAAGUGCAAGCGGGAGCCCACUGGUGGGACUCGUCCAGGCCGCCAAAGCGCUUCGGUAG